GAUACGGUUUUAGAGCGUGUUUUGGCUUUAACUGAUGCGUUACUUGAUCAGUCGACUAGUUAGUUAUACAAAUUACAUUUUGGUGCAAAAAUUAAAACAACCAAAGAAUCACAUGUGUUUUGUCACAGUCAACGUGAACAAUAAGGCCUGAGAUUUCGUGUUUUUAUAGUGGGCGGGUACAAUUGCUGGCCGAUAAAGUGCAUUAUACGUCAAAGUUAAUUCAAUAUGGGGUCUUGGGGGAUGCCGGACAAGCCGGAGCAUCUGGAUAUGGGGCACCAGAAAAUGUCGCAUGUCGAGCUGGAGAUGCUCACAGAUAGACUUCUCAAUCCAUCUAGUCAGCGAAAGACUGCGGGAGGAGGUAGGAGACAGAUGAGAUUCGCCACCUCGGAUCACGACUCCAUCUACGACACAGACAACCAGUCCAAUUCAGAAGAACAUGAUGCAUUUGGAGCAUGGGAGGGGGAAGGGGAAGGGUACUCUGCGUUCUUGUCUAGGGAGUCCAGACCAAUCACUAGAUCCGUCACAAGAGGGUCCAGAUUCUCCAGCAACUUAUACGAAGACAGUGGAUCAAACCGCAGAGCUACGCCUUUUAAAGGGACAAAACCAAUGACAGCUGAUGAAUUGGCUUCGUCCAUACACCGACUCGCCUCUUCAGUCGGAACGCGACGGGGAAAAACCGCCGGAGGCAAUGACUCAUCACACAAUCGAGGAAUGUCGGCAAAUGAUUGGCGAGAACGGGACAGUGAUAGUCGGAUUAUGCCGCUCGGACAACAACCGAUGGAUGCUCAAAGAAUCAGCGACUUAGUAAUACGAUUGACCACUCCUAAGAGCAGCCACUCUUCUAGGUCCAGAGACACUUUGCCCAGCAUCCGAAGAGUGAACCAAAAGCCGAUGUCUGCACUGCAAUUGGCAACUCUCACUGAUCGACUGAACCGGUGCUCAGAAGCAGUCGACGCCCAGAGGAUUCCCAAGCCAAACCAGAGAAGAUUUGGAAUAGUAAACUCGUUUAUGUGGAAAGGGUGGAACUAAAAAAGGAUCCCUACAUAGAUGAUUGCUGAUAUGAAAAUUCACUUUGACCGAACCCGUGUUCUAUUAUGUUUUGUUAUAUAAAUAAUUUUAAGAUUGAAUUAUUUGUUAAGCCAAUAAAAAUAUAACUAGUAUAUUUGAUCAAAUAUUGGGA